AUUUUGAUUCUGGGUUUUUGAACCCUAGUAGUGAGUAGUGACUAGCUCUUUUCCAAGAGAAAAGCACUUGCCACUGCCAGCAUAAAAAUAAUUUCAGAGCGGCCGGCCAGUUGACUCUUGGCUUGCAGACCACUGAAUCCACAGAUACUCUCCCUUUCAGACGGAUUUUGGUUGUUCUAGGGUUUCUCAAUGUUAUUGAGAAUCGAUGUUGUCAAUUUAAGUGUUGGGAUAUAGGAGAAGGAAGCUUCAGGGAAUCGACAACAAUGGUGGACAUAUGGUGGUCUCUGUUGGGUGCUGCGAUUCCAGCUGUUGUUGCAGGACAAGCUAUAAGGAUGAAGAGAAGACGUGCUGACGAAGAGAGGAUCAAUAGUGCCCGCGGAAGAGAGAAGAGUUCCGAUGACAUCUUCGUCUGCGAGAGGAUCUGUACUUCGAAGAGAAUGCUGAAGAAGGUCGGUGGAUUCUCGAAGGACCCAAGUCCUGAUACCUGCGUUACCGUCUGUGGUGUAUCUCAGAUUGAUGCUUGCACUGAUGCCUGUGCUCGUACCGUCUGCGUUAAUCAACACCAAGUCCCCAAUUGGAACGACGUUUGCCUUCGGAAAUGCCAGAGCGAAUGCCUCAAGCUUUCUUCUUAUUCUUCUUAGGAGGAUUUCUUUGUCAUUUGGUGUUACUGGAUUCAAUACAAAGUUGAGUAUUUUUAUUUUUUUGGAU